UUCUAUUUUUUUGUUUUGUUUUUUUCCUAGACCUAGGACUUAUUUCAGUGUCUGGCACUCAAUGACUGUUCUUUUGAAUGAAAAAUUUUAUUUAAAUCUUUGCCUCAAGAAGUUUCUGUUGUUCAAGAAAACAAACAAAAAAAAAAACACAUGACACCACACAUGUGCAGGUUUAAGGACAAUCAAUAUUUUUCUUAAAAAUCUUCUUGCUUAAGACUUUGAAAGGGACUGGUAACAUCUGAACAUACCAAACCAAACAGGCAAAGACUUUCACCAUCACUACCACCACAUUUUACUACAAAGGAAUAUAACUGUAUGUGGAUUCCAAGCAAGCUAAAAAGAAAAAGAGCUGAUUAGACUUCAGACUGCCCACUGAAUGGGGAUGACGGCCACAGCUGCAGUGGGGACAUCAAAAAUGGAGAAGAGUUCCUCCAAGGAAGAGAAACAACAAUCUAAGCAGGACAGGAUGGAGCAGAGCAAUGCUGAUUCUGAAGAGUGGAUGAACUCUGAGAAUGAACCUGAACAGAUGAGCCUUAAGAACAGUAACAAUGACAAUAGCUACGGAUCUGGGGAUGCUCAGUUGAAAAAAAAGGAUAUUCCCGCCAAGCCACACCGUCAGCUCUUUAGAUCACCCUGCUUAGAUCAUCCAAGCUUCUCCCAGAGCAGCAUUCUACAGGAUAGGAAGCUUGACUUGGAAAAAGAAUACCAAGCCAAGAUGGAUUUUGCUCUAAAGCUGGGCUAUGCAGAGGCACAGAUUCAAUCAGUAUUGAACAAGCUGGGCCCAGAAUCACUUAUUAAUGAUGUAUUGGCAGAGCUCGUCAGGCUUGGGAACAAAGGCGAUUCAGAAGGGCAGGCCAGUUUGAGUUUGUUAGCACCUAGGGGUCCCAGCUCUAGAGAGAUUGCAAGCCCUGAACUGUCUCUUGAAGAUGAAAUAGACAACAGUGAAAAUUUGAGGCCAGUUGUCAUAGAUGGAAGUAAUGUGGCAAUGAGGUAAGCGUAUCAUAUUUUCAAUCUUUAAAAACAAAACAAAACAAAACAAAACAUCCCUGAGCUCAUAAAAAUCAUCUCCCUUUGCAAAGCACUAUGGGAGGCUCUUGGCUGUUGUCUGCAGCUUAUGCUACUGUAGGUGGAGAGAGGCUAAAAUGAUCUUGCCUUGGCCUUUUCUCUCUCCGUUGGAAUUGUUGCCAUUUGUGUUCAGGUACUCUGAAAGCAGCUGAGACAUCAGUGAUGCUUCAGUAGAGACAUCAUUCAGCCUUUGUUCCUCCUGGGGUACCUUCUCCAACCUCUGCUUGCCUAGACCAAUCAUCCUGAGAAUGCUGUUUUUAUAAUUUCACUUGGGGGCUUACUUGGGAGCUUGGAGUGACUCCCAAUUGCGAUUCUACCAAAUUUGGAUCCCUUUGCCUGGCUUUUUGAUAUGACAUUUCUCUCCUCCCAUUUGGUUGUAGCUCAGUAUUUUGAAUAGUCUCCAUGUAAAUUAUGAUGAUUUCUACACCACUGCUUGUGUUCAUGUCAUUCCCAAACCUAGGAGUAACCUCGUCCUUAUCUUCAUACCUAUCAAGAUGCACUGCCUUCACUGACACCAUCCCGGC